CGGGGCCUUCCUUUCCGCUCUACAUCGUCAUGCCUCCACUCUGCAGCUUCACAAAGAGAAGAAGAGAAACCAUCCGGCCGCUGCAACCUGAUGUGACCACAGAUCCUGUUAUCACCAAUCGGAAAGCAGCGUGGUUCACAGGACAGGAAGUUGCACGUCGGGCUCCAUGGAGAUAAAGCCGAGCAGAGAGAUGACAGAACAGGGGAAAAUGUCAAGAUGACACAGUCGAAUUAUGCUAACAUAGCAGGCUGAACGGUUGGUUGACAGCUCAACACAUGUUUGCUCCUGCCGCCGCCCUCUCAUCAUCCGUCCAGCCAUGUUGUUGAAGAGGAAGAUGUGCGUUGCCGUGGUGAUUGCUGCCAUCCUCUUCCUCAUGCUCGCCAGUCAGAGCAUCCAAAGGAGACAUUUCCUGCCGCUGUCAUUAGCCCUGCCCUUCAGCCGGGCCACGCCCACCAGCAGGGAGACAGUAACUAAACCCACAGUGUCUCCUGCUGAUCUGACCCAAGACCGUCCCGUGACCCCCCCUCCUCCCAUGACCACCCAACCCGAAGCCAAGGAGGAGCCUUUAGAGGACUCCCAGUCGUGUGGUUGUACUGAGUCCUGUAUUUCAGACCUGGGCCGGUCAGACUGGUUCAGCCAACGCUAUGACCCCAAACAGCAGCCCAUCCUCCGAGAUACCAACAACAACUUUGACCCUGACGCGCUCAGAUGGUGGCUGGGUCUUCAGCGGUCCGGUAACGGCCAAACUCUAGAGGAAGUGAUGUCAGCCAUGUUUCAGGUCAUUCCCCCGCCCACUGUGGACUUCAAGCCCCUCCCCUCCCGUUGCCGUAGUUGCGCCGUGGUUGGCAACUCAGGCAAACUACGACGGUCAGGAAACGGCAAACUGAUCGACUCGCACAACUCUGUAAUCCGGAUGAACAAGGCUGUAACUCGAGGAUUCGAGAAAGACGUCGGGAAUCGGACGACACAUCACUUCCUGUAUCCAGAGAGCGCGGUGGACAUUAGGCAUGGCGUCAGCCUCGUCCUCCUGCCGUUUAAACUGAGGGACCUAGAAUGGCUGACCAGUGCGCUGUCCACCGGCCAAAUCAAAAUGACCUACAUGAGGGUUAAAGACAGAGUGGAGGCUGAUAAAGACAAGGUUCUGGUGGUGAACCCGGUGUUCUUCAAGUAUGUUAAUGACCGUUGGACCGAGCAUCACGGUCGCUACCCGUCCACAGGCAUGCUGGCCAUCAUCUUCGCUCUGCACACGUGUGACCAGGUGUCAGUGUUCGGUUACGGUGCCGACGAGCAGGGGAACUGGCAUCACUACUGGGAGGAAAAUCGCUACGCUGGAGCCUUCAGGAAGACCGGAGUCCACAGCGCCGAAUUUGAAACGCAGGUCAUCCACCAGCUCGCCAAGGCGGGCAAGAUCAGUCUACACCUGUGACUCGACCACUGACCUACAGACCUGCAGGCCUGGCACUGACCGACCUGCUGACCCACAGACUGAUGGACUGACCUACACACCUGCAUACAUACAGCAGUGCUGACUGACCCACAGACCUGUUGACUGACGGACUGAUCUGCUUGCUGACCAGCAGAUUGUUGAGGCCGAGAACCAGCGGCAUCUCAUCUGGUAUCAAGGUGAGUCUGGCUGAUCGCGGCCAAGCGUCGGCUUGCCCGGCCAUCCUCUGGCACUGAUAAACAAAUCUGAGCCGAUUCUGGACCGUGUACGGCUGCCAAAUUUGGCGUGUACUGGGGGGAAUUUGGACACGUGGUCGGGAAUUAGACCUGUUAACUUGUUGCACGUCAAUCAUUACACGUCUGCUUUGAGUCGGACAUCCAGGUGUACCGGAUUGAAGCCGCUUGCAUACCUGGAUUACCUGUGGACAGAGCCUUCGGGGUGAGAGGAGCUGAACAUGCCCCCUCCACCUGGGGAGCGGGGCUCAGAUCUUCUCUGUGCAGACCCCUGCUGGUUUAAAUUAGUUCUAGCUCAACUUGAACACAUGGACUGUUUUUCGGGACCCUCCACUGUUGAAACAGACGAACCGCCCUGCUGUCUGCGACUGCAAGGAUCGACCACACAAGUUUUGCUCUGAGUGGGAAACAACCACAGACUUUUUUUAUAUAUAUAUUUUUUAUUAAUUUUUAUAGACAUUCUACAGGGAUGGCCUCUUUUUUUUAAUCAAAGCACUUUGCUCUGGAGAAGUAGUGGUACAAAGAAGUUGUUACUUCUUUGUCCAACCACAUAACAAGACUUUUUGUAUUUUAAAUCAUUUAUUAUCCAUCCAUUUAGUCUAACUGAACCUCAAAGCAAACCGUCCUGAUCUGGAGGACGUUUCUGUCCUGACAGACUGGUGCUGGAAAUGGGACAACAACGUCGUAUAUGGCGGCGGGGGCAGUGGGCGGGAGGAGCCUGUGUGACGUUCUCAGCCUGUGUUUGAGCUUCUCCAUGUGUUCCGCGAUGAUUCACCAGUGUGCAGGUUUUCAUCUGAUUUCACUGAUUGCCCAACACGGAAACAUUUUAUUUGUAUUUCAUGAGUUAAUGGCCAGCGAUAAAGUCAAAGGCGUAACUUAGGAUGUGACUCAGUGACCAACCUGCAGACUGUUGAACUUGUGGACAGACAUGAGUGGACUCCUCUGAGUCACAGCUCAGCUGAUAGCAGUGACAAAGACAAGGAGACCUGCACGACUUUGAACUAAAGGUUUAUUAAACAAAUCAUAACAAGGACAAAAUCAAACAAUUAGUAACAUCAUCAGUGCGUGCGGUGCAUGAGUGAAUGGAAGAUGUAGUGCAAUGUACUAAAGUCCAACCAAAAAUAACCAACCAUAUGAGAGAGACUGACAAGUCCAGCAGGAAGCAGAGGAGUCAGUCUGCUGUCUGCUGGACUUCCUUGUCCAGGUAGACGACAGUGUGCAGAGGGCUUUCACACCUGUACUGUGAAUGUACAAAUACUGUUGCUGAUUGUCAGUCACUGAAUGUUUGUGGCUUCGUUUACACAACGAAGAGUUUUUAGGACGUUUUCACAUUGAGUUGAGUCUGAAUCUGAGUUUGAUCGUCUCACUUAUGUCGUUUCUUUCACUGUGCUUUUUGUUUGUCCUGUGUUGAGUGUGCCUUUUAUUAACGAUACACAUUAACCAGAUGCAGUUAAUCCCAUGACCAGUGGAGGAUGUGAAGGCCAGCAGCAGACUUUGAACAAACUACAACAGCUUAGCAAAGACAAACCAUGCCUGUGUCUGUGUGUACAUGGAUGUCAGCACACACCCUCAUGCUGAGUGUGGGUCAUUAGAAUAGGACACCUGGGAAUUUUGGCCUUAAAUCUGGAUUAAAACAGCAUUUAAUUUAUCCCGUUGUCCAUCUGUCACAUUAUCAUUUAAUUUUUUAAGGGUUGUGAAAAACCAAAAUGUUUUAAUUUUCCGUUUCAAACAUUUUAAUUAGACUUUGCAUAAUUUUUUCCACAUAGAAAAAGCCAACAAAUAUUUUCUGGCAAAUUUUGUUUUCAGAAACUUUGUGCAAAAUCUGCGCAAUCACUGUAGCUCUGCCACUUCCCAAACUAAUCAGUUCUUCUGCAGUAUAUUCUUGCACUAGUAAGCAGCACCUUGUAUUUUAGUGCCUUUGCCAGUAAUGCUAGCCAAUGCAACUGGCUCACAACAUUUACGGAGUAAGUGCAUCCACAAUCUUAGGUUAACUUGUGUGUUCUUGCAAUAAAUGUUUUUGUUGUUGUUGUUUUUUAAAACAAACAUAAUCUGGUGUUAGUGGUGAUAAUUAAGACCUGAUCUGCCCCCUAGUGGAUAUACCUGUAAAUCCUCUCUCAACACCAACUUUUGUUUUUUGACUUUGCAGGUAUGAGAUCAUGAAAACGUUUGACAUUACAUAAUUUUUGAAGAUCUGUUUCCAGAUUCAGACUAACCUGCCAGUGUGAAAUCGCUCAGUAAAGAGCUCAGUCAGCUUUAAACAAACUUGCUGGUGUAGCGUCUAACAGCCAGAAAAGAAGUAGUUUGCAUGAAGGGUCGUCUGACCAUGUCCACUGUUCCGAACAGCCACACUGGAAAGCAGAGUGAAAAGGCUGCAGGCAUAGACUCCUGGCAGUGUCCCACCACCUCCCUGAACUCUGUCCAACAACUCUGUGUCUUUGUGGUCCCAAUGCACAAAUGGGGAUAACAGCACACUUUCAGACAGUCUCUCCUGGAAGUGAUAAAAGUUGUCAGAUGCAGCUGUCGGAAAGGGAGGUUUCAGACGCUGUUAGAUGAUCCCCAAAGCACUUCGUUUGAAGCAGACUGAGGCCUCUAUAAAUAAUCAUAAAUGCUGAAUCACUUUCUGGAGGCUGUUGCUCUGUCGGUAGCCCGGCUGCAGUUUAGAGUUUAACCCUGUUUGUCUCAAACAACUUGCACAGGCUGAAUGCACCUGAGUGCUGAGUCAUCAAAAGCUGUGGUUUAAUCGGAAACAUCUGCUGCUUAGUUUAAUAGGUUUCAUGCACUGCUGAGAUUCAACACUUUGUUGGCUUCUCCAGGAAAACUUCCUGCUGGUAAACUGGGAAAUCAUCCACCUAAUGAGGAACACUCAGCCACUAAAUGACAGAGCAGCAGGCCUCUGGAGUCCUGAGCUGGACUUGACAUCUGGAUGCAUGUUUUGGAAAUUGCAGGCUAUGUUAUAGUAAAAAAGAUUUACUUGCACACGCUGAAAAAAAAAAAAAAGAUUAUCGAGAGUAUAAAUCCAAAA